AUGGCUAUUGCUUCCUCCUCUCUUCUCUCUCUCAACUCUCACAUCUCGUCCGCAUCUUAUUUGCACAGAUCCCCACACAGAACUAGAAAAUUUUUACGAAGACAAUCUUGGCUUCUUUUCCGAGCAAGAAAUCAUGCAACCAACUCUGUGUCAGUCUUUAAAGCUAAAGUAACUGAUGAUGUUGGUGAAGAAGACGUCGUCGUUGUGGGUGCUGGAAUUGCUGGACUUGCCACUGCAGUUUCUCUUCAAAGACUUGGAGUUCGGUCAUUGGUGCUUGAGCAAGCAGAAUCGCUUAGAACUGGUGGAACCUCGCUUACCCUUUUCAAGAAUGGAUGGAGGGUAUUGGAUGCAAUUGGAGUUGGAAGUGAUCUUAGGAGCCAAUUUCUUGAAAUUCAAGGGAUGGUGGUGAAGUCAGAAGAUGGAAGGGAGCUGCGUUCCUUCAGAUUCAAAGAUGAAGAUGAGAGCCAAGAAGUUCGUGCGGUAGAGAGGAGAAUCCUUCUAGAGACUCUUGCCAGUAAGCUGCCAUCAGAAGCAGUUCGAUUCUCUUCAGGGCUGGCUAAGAUGGAGAGAGGAGAAAAUGGAAAAAUGCUUCUGGAACUUGUGGACGGGACUAGGCUACUUGCAAAGAUUGUUAUAGGCUGUGAUGGCAUUCGGUCUCCAGUUGCAAAGUGGAUGGGGUUCUCUGAACCCAAGUAUGUAGGGCACUGCGCAUUCCGAGGACUUGGGUUUUAUGCCAAUGGGCAGCCAUUUGAACCACAAGUGAAUUACGUCUACGGGAGGGGAUUACGUGCUGGAUAUGUUCCAGUUUCUCCUACAAAAGUGUACUGGUUUAUCUGCUUCAACAGCCCAUCUCCAGGUCCAAAGACCACCGAUCCAUCUGUGUUGAAGAAGCAGGCUAAAGAACUAGUCAAGAACUGGCCGUCUGAUCUAUUAAACUUAAUAGACCUAACCCCAGAUGAAACAAUCAGUAAAACUCCUCUGGUGGAUCGUUGGCUGUGGCCAGCCAUAAGCCCUCCCCCAUCAAACGGAACGACUGUUUUGGUUGGAGAUGCGUGGCACCCAAUGACUCCCAAUCUGGGACAAGGUGCUUGUUGUGCAUUGGAGGAUGCGGUAGUUCUAGCAAGAAAGCUUGUAAAUGCAAUUAACUCUGGACCAACUUCUGUAGAAGAUGCUAUGAAGUCAUAUGGAAUCGAAAGAUGGCCUCGUGUCUUUCCAUUAACCUUACGAGCCAAUUUUGUGGGCUCAAUUUUGCAGUGGGAGAGCCCUGUUGUCUGUUCUGUUCGGAACAAUAUAGUCAUACCUAAGCUAGUUAAGCUUGGACCACUUUUGGAACAUACGAACUUUGAUUGCGAACCUUUACUGCAGACAAACUUCUGA